AUGGCGCAAUCGACCGGGUUCGGCCUCAAAAAGGCCUACCUCGUGCUCUACAACGCCGCCUCGGCCGUGGCCUGGGCGACCGUUCUGGGGCGCGUUGCGAUCGUCGCUGGAUGGAAGGGCACGCCGUUUGUGCCGUUGUCGGUUGACAAUUUUGCGCGUAUCACUCAGACGUUUGCGUUCAUGGAGGUGCUGCAUGCUCUGACUGGUGUCGUUCCCGCUCCCGUCUUCACUACCGCGAUGCAAGUCGCCAGCCGCCUCUUCCUGAUGUGGGCUGUCUGCUGGCCGUUCCCGCAGCUCAACACCAGCGUCUUUUACUCGUCGAUGCUGCUCGCCUGGAGUCUGACGGAGGUGAUCCGGUACAAUUUCUUUGCGCUCAAGCAAUUUGAUAGCGUGCCCGGCUGGUUGAACUGGCUGCGUUACAGCGCCUUUCUGGUGCUGUAUCCGGUUGGUAUCAGCAGCGAGGUUGCCAUGACCCUGCAGGCGUUGCUGGGCCCCGCCGAGGAUCUGGCGUCGUGGUACCCCUUUGCGCUGAUCGCCGUGUUGUUGACUUACGCCCCUGGUUCGGUUAUUCUCUACAGCCACAUGUUGAAGCAGCGGAGAAGGUACCUUGGUGCCGGCAAGCCAGCCCAGAAGAAGACACAGUAG